CCGCGCUGCCGCCUCGCCGAGCGAGCCCUCAGUAGCAAGGCCCGGCCCGGACCGAGAGCACGCGCACGGCUCCACGCCGCCCUCAACUUCCGCCACUUUGUGUUGUGGGCCUACACGGCCGCGAUGGAGAUGUCCCGGGCCGUCGCCUCCGUGUGCAUGCUGCUGUUGGCGGUCGUCGCCGUCCUGGCCAAGGACCCCGCCAAGGCCAAGGACAUGAUGAAGAAGUCGAUCGUGUUCGACAAGAACACCCCCGACGUCUUCUACUGCCCACAGUCCAAGCCAACCGGCUUCGACAAGAUGAUCGUCCGCGCGCGGCCCCUGCAGAAGCUCUGCGAGCACGACGGCAACCCGCUGCCCGAGGACUACAAGAGCGACUGCUACAACGACGUGGACGAGACGACCUACGCGUGCAAGGAGAAGAAGCGCAUCAUGAAAUACAUGAAAGCUUUUACAAACGAGGAGGCCAGUGCUUCUGAAUGGGGUCGGAAGACGAUGCGGAUGCACCCUCCUGGGACAGACAACGCAGAUAACCACUACCCGUUUGUGCGAAGCAACGACAAAGUCAUCAAAGUAAAGUCUAACCCAAGAAGCAAGAGUCAAACUCAGAAGAGGCGGAACAAGCAUCAAAAUUAGUUAAUUGUUAAUGUAGGGUCCCCAGUUGGGUCCCCAGUUAUGAAUGAUCUUCAUAAGAAACAGUCCUCUUAUAGUGCUUUUGCACAUCACAGAGAAAACUUUUCUGUUUAAUAACCACACUAGUUAAGAACAGUUUAACUAUACUUUCUACUGGAAACAACAACUGACAAGCAUUUGGUUACAAUCAAUAUUAAGAAUUUCCCAGAGAGCAAAUUCAGCUUAAUUGGUUUGUACCUCAGCUUUGAACUUGAACCAAAUUUGCUUUGCACAGCAAAUUUGAAGAUUUCUGCAGGUGGUGCUCGUUAGAAAGUAACCAGUUUUCAGUGGCUGAGUAUAAACUGUAACUUAUGUCUGUGAUUUCUAUGCCAUCUGCAGAACAAGCCAUAUGACUCAAUGAAGUCUCAGUGGCUUGUUACGACUUCAACUGAGGCGUUAGUUAAGGAUGUUUGACAACAACAAAAACAAUGUUUGAUUAAUCUAGGCUGUCUAUUAUCUUUUGUACAUAACAUAGCAAAAAUUAAAUCCAUGAAACUAAAUAAACAUUUCUAAAACUUUAAUGAAAACAAACUGAAAAUUUGUUUUAUUUUUACAAAAAAAAGUAACAUUAUUAAUGAAGUGAUCAGGCAUUCCACAAGUACAAUAAAAUUCUCAAGCAACUAGAAAUUCAUUAAUAAUACAAUAAAUGAAGUAUACAAUGUUUCUGUUUGUUUUGCUUUAUAAAUAAAUGUUUUUUAAGUUAUAGACCUUAGCUUUCUACCCCAUAUGCUGAACUAAAUUACUUUCAACCACAUAUGAGGGUUUUGAGGCUCUCAUGAUACGCACUUCAUAAAGAGGAACUCUAUCACCUUUUAAGGAAGCCAGUUUGACAACAAACUUUCAAGUUGAAGUCUGAUAAAUAAUUGAAUUAGAAAGUCAAAGUGUAAAGGUGACCACCACGGAUCUAGGCCGUGUGGCCACUGCCAACUCUCCUUCAUCUAGUAAAAAAAUAAUGAAAAAUAUCUAGUCUACCAACUUAUGUCUUGCCCAAGGGUGAAAAAUGGAUGGUUUGCUUAAUUAAAUCCAAAUUUCUACAACAACAAAAAAAAAAAAAAA